CUUUUGGUAACUGCUCGUCCAGGCAAUUAUGGGGGAGGUUAUGAUCGAUUUCUUCUUCAUUUUUUUUUCCUUGUCUCUGUCGAAAAUAUCAGAUGAGAAAAGACAGAAAACUCAGAUAAAAGUUCCAGAGAGAAAAGAGAGACAGACCGACAGUUGGGCGAUCCGAUCUGUGGUGGUUCCUGGUUGUUUCCGGUGGAGUUUGUCUGCGAUAGCAAGAGGAUGGAUACUAGGCAGAAAGACAAGGAGAAGGAGAUUGAGAAGGAGAAGGAGACAGCCCCUGGAGAUCGUAACCCUAAGGUGAGAGGUGUGACCAAGUACCACCGGACAUAGCCGGCAGAUGAACCAUAUGUGCCUAUGGAUCCGGCUGGUUCGUUUGGUUACACCUAACUCUGAUCUUAUACACUGUCUUUCAUCUAUUUCUUGUUGUGGUAUUGGAUGUUGAUGUUUCAGACAUGGAAGCACAAAUCUUAGGCCUUGGCCGGAUCAAAGAACUGAUGAAAGUCCAUGGCUUUGGCCGGACUGACCAUGAUCAGGAUCCAUAUGUUCUGGGUCGAAUAUUUGGAUUCUGAUUAUGAGAAUCUCUUAGUUAUGAAUUAUCAUGGGUUUUCAUGAAUUUUAAUCAGUUUUUAGGAAUUGAUUCGAUGAUGUUCACUUUGGGCCGGUUUGACUGAUUUUGGCCGAGAUCUAUAGGAUCGAGACCGGUUAUGCAAAUUCUGAUUAUGGCAUUCUUUUAGCUGGGAGUUAUCAUGAAUUGUCAUGAAUUUUAAUUAAUUUUUGGAGUAUUUUUGAAAUUGGUCAUGUUUUGGCCUGAUGAGUAAUUUUGAUGAUAGAUGUGAUUCCAGCCAUGCUGUGUGAUAGAUUCUUGUUUAAUAAUCUGACCAGGUGUUUGUGUCUGUGUUAUGUUGGUCUCGGGUACAGGCUUGGACCGUGGUAAAGGAAAAUCACCGUGAGGACUCCGGCCAUGGGAAGAUGUGUGGUGAAUGUGUCAUACCUAGCAGUGGUGUUAUCUUAGUAGUCUAUUGUGAAACCUGUGAACUUAUGAUAGCCUAAUGAGCAACUUGUUUAUGUUGAACGAAUGAAUGAUGUUUGAUUCUGUUUAUCUAUGUAUGAAGUAUCUAUUUGCCUUAUUGAUUCUGGUUGGAUUUAAGUGUGUAACAAUGAACUUCAAAUUACUCAUAAAUAUUUAGAAAAUAUUGUAUUUGAAUCGGAGUUAAUGGAAUCAAACUGGUUAGGAUUGUUUGGUGAGACUGCGGUCUGGUUGGAUUGAAGAAUCCAUGAUCGGGUCUUACAAAUUCAAUUGGUGACAACUUGUCCUGUGAGAGAGUUGUUAAAAGGUGAGGUCCUGGGUUCGAAACGCAUCAACAACCAAAUUAUGAAAUUGGUGAGAACUCAUAAGAGAGGGGUUGGGGUUGAUGCGCUGCAGCGCUGUGAGCAUGGAGCCUACGAGACGGGUGGUCCACGAGACAGGUUGUCACAGUACCUAUAGUAGAUAACUAUAUGUUUUUUUUGUCAACGAGUAGAUAACUAUACGUUAGAUACAUAUUGAUUAGAUUUUAAAAUAUAUUAUGAUUUAAAUGAAUUUAUGUUUGGUAGUCCAAAUCUUAAAUAUAAUUAUAUAACAUAUGACCUCUGAAAAUAAUUCUAAUUUAAUAAAUUAGAUAUAUUAUUUUUAUAGUUUUAAAAUAUCUAAAUUUUUAUUAAAAUAGUUUUUAAGGAUUUAAAGAUAUGUGUAGAUUGUUGAUUUAAAAAAAAAAAAGAAAUUAAAUGGAUAUCCUUAUUUAAACCGAAACCAAACUAAAAUUUACAAAUAAGGAAAGACCCAAAACCCAGCCGUAACCGAAUGAAACCAAAAUUAGAUAAUGGGUUAGUUUUAAUAGUUUGGGUUCAAGUAUUGUAGUUGAGACCCUCUUUCUUUUCGGAAUCUUAACUAAAUUCUACCCUUAUUUCACGGUAGACUUUUCUCUACCCUUAUUAUCAGGUGCUGUUUUGAUUCUAGGGCUAAUAUCAUAUUUGGAUUUGACGAUGACGAAGGAGUAUGUGAUGCUCAUGCUGCUGAUGAUGAUAGUUUUUGCACCGUUUCUCCCACCAUUACAGUUUUUCGGCAGUUCAGAUGGAAUUAUUUUGACAGGUCCUGAUUUCACCCGCAAAUUCCACACCGUCGAAUCUAAUACCGCUGACUCUGUGGAAAUCAGAGUGUGUGACGCAAUUGGAGUGGUUUACAUGGCUGAGUCACUCCACCCAUGCGAAAAUUUGAUCUUGGAAAGAGACAUGUUGAUGAUGUCAACAACAACAACUAGAUCCUUCUUUGUAACAAAAGGAACUGCACAAGUAGUAAACAAGUACAUUUGUCGGCCAGAUGUAGCAGUCAUGCGUGUCCCUAUUCAUACUGACCAACUUUACGGAUUAAUCACCAGGGGUCUUCUCUUCUACACCUCCGUCUUCCUCCUCUUACGUUUCUUUCAGUUAGCAAUUCCCGAGUCUGAAUAAAAUAAUGCAUGUUAGCACUGGACUACACAUUGGAUCCUAUGCACAACUAGAUCAGUUCACGGUGUUUAUUAUCCUUUUGAUAGUUUCGAUUUGCAUUUUUGUUUUUAUAUUAGCUGAGGUCUAACUAAUCCACGAUAGUAGGGAUCUGUUUGUUUCUCCAUCCGGAUGAGCCAUCUGGACGGAGAUGAGAGUUUUGUUCGUUCCGACACUAAAAGUGCAACUCAUCUGGAUGGAUCAUCCGAAUGACUUUCGAAAAUUUAGGCCUAAUUUUAAAGUCUAUUCAGCUGAUCCAAUUUAGACCAUUUGGAUGGAGAUGGUUCAUUCAAUUUGGUAUAACGUCUAUUAUGCCCUUGAUGUAAUUCACAAAUUACAAACAUAAACAUAAUAUCAUUUUGUCACACACGAAAACUGACAAAACCACAAAAACGCAUUUUUCCGCGAAAACCUAAAAUCAAAAUUUUCACGCCAAAACUCUAAAAAUGCAUUUCCGCACAAAAUUGCAAAAACGUGUUUUCCCGUCAAAAUUGCAAAAACGUGUUUUCCCGCAAAAACGUGUUUUCAUGCCAAAAUCACAAAAACGCUUUUCACGUCAAAACCCCAAAAUACAUUUUCCGCCAAAACACAAAAACACGUUUCCCAC